ACUUUGAAUUGUACAAUUAUUGGUUGGUCGAUAAUCGUUUGCCGUGUACGACGACGUCGCGAAAUUAAAAUCGCGUAAGACGGUGCCCUACGGGGGCCUACAAUCUUGACCGUGAAACGAUAAUAAUACGGUCGUUUUUAUCGGUGCGCGAUCCGAAUUUUUUGGGUAUUACAGUAAUUGAAAAGUCAUCGAGUGUUUGCUGUAUACAAGGGGUGUUCAUAAUAAGAUGUUGAUGCUUGUAAAUUGCGAAGAGGUGAAUAUAUGAAAGUCACCCUAAGGCGAGGGUAUUUUAUGCUUAAGCACCCCCUGUAUAUAUAUACACUAAAAAAAGAAAAGUAGGCUUUGAGAAAUUUGGCUAUGAUGUACGUUUAAAAAAAAAUGCCAUAAAUCUGUUAUUAUUGCCGUAAUGUGGUGCUCAGUGCGUAUAAGAAUUUUCCCGUGCGGGCCUUUUAAGCAUAAUAAAAAUAAUAAUAAUAAUAAUGCCGUCGGCAUUAUUUGUUAAGUUAUACUUACUUUGGUGGAAAUAUAAACUGAAGUGGCCGUUGAAAGAUGAAACCCAACAUUCCCAGUUAUAAGAAACACCAUCACUCCUCCAAGAGAUCCGAUGACAACAUGGAUGAGGACUCGGACGAUAAGGAUACUAAACGAAAGUCUCGAAAUUUGAGUGAAAAGAAACGUCGCGACCAAUUCAAUCUGUUGGUAAACGAGUUGAGCUCCAUGGUCUCGACCAGCGGCAGGAAAAUGGACAAAUCGACUGUGUUAAAAUCAACAAUUUCGUUUUUAAAAAACCACAACGAAAUUGCCGUAAGAUCCCGUAUAAACGAAAUCCAAGAAGACUGGAAACCGACUUUUCUGACAAACGAGGAGUUCACCCAUUUAGUAUUAGACGCCGUGGACGGGUUUAUAAUUGUGUUUUCCACGUCCGGUCCGAUUUAUUAUGCUUCCGAGAGUAUUACAUCACUAUUAGGAUAUCUAGCGAAAGACGUAUUGAACACUACGAUAUUUGAACUAGCAAACGAGGAGGAUCAGAAUGGCCUUUACAACAUUUUAUCGCAACCCAAUGAAGAUGACGGCCAUGUGGCCUUCACUUGUCAUAUCAAAUGUGGUGGUAGCAAAGUGGCUUGUUGCGAACUAGUCCAGUUUGAAGGAUAUUUUAGGUCUGAUGAAGAUAUGGUACAAACCGGUGAUAAUAAAUACUGUGGAACCUCAGCUGGAGAUAUAGAUAAUAGGUUAUUGUUUGUUGGCACAGGCCGAAUCCAGACCCCGCUACUAAUAAAAGAAAUGCCUCUAGUGGAUUCCAGUAGAACGGAAUUCACUUCAAGGCACAGCCUAGAAUGGAAGUUUCUAUUCCUGGACCAUAGAGCUCCGCCAAUUAUUGGGUACCUCCCGUUCGAAUUGUUAGGUACCUCCGGGUACGAAUACUACCACGUGGACGACUUGGAGAGGGUGAUCAGGUGCCACGAGUCCUUAAUGCAAAAGGGCGAGGGCACCUCUUGCUACUACCGUUUCCUCACCAAAGGGCAACAAUGGAUUUGGUUGCAAACGAGAUACUUCAUCACUUACCACCAAUGGAAUUCCAAGCCGGAGUUCGUGGUGUGCACACAUCGGGUUAUCAGUUAUUUAGACGUAAUCAAGGAAACCAGACGUGAACAAGGCGUUCCCCCGCAAGAACUCUCCCCCAUAGAAGGCAAAGAGGCCUCCUCGAACCCCUGGAAAGCGACGAAUAAAAAAUCCAGCAAACGGGGUCCGGACUCCGACUGUACCUCCAUGUCGGCCGAUUCUCCCACCUCCAGACAAUCCGUUAUGACUGAGCAAUCGGCGAAAUCAAGAGUGAGUCAAAGUUUAACGGGGUCAACUCUACAGUCGAUUUCUCCUUCACCUCAGCAGCAACAACCGGAGCCGAACACUCGACAACAGUCGACUCACAUACAACAACAACAACAACAUCAACAAAACUCUCAGUUUUUGGAGCCGAAUCAGUAUGUCGCAAGCAUACCUUUGCAGCCCGUUAUUACUGGAUAUCCGGCGCAUCAAGCUGUCUUGUCGCCCUUGCCAGUGGAAAAUGUAAUUUCCCCAGUUCAAAUACAAGUCGACCUGCAGCGGAAACAAGCAGAACUUCAAGCAAUCAUUGGCCACCAGCAACAAGAACUGAGAAGAGUCUCUGAACAAUUACUUAUGGCUAGAUUGGGGCUGUUCGGGCAACAGCCACAGCAACAACAACAGUCCGACCCAGUACAGUCGUAUCAACAAAACAGCUUGAGUACAGUCAGUAGCACCACUGAGCCGGUGCCGAUAUUGUCCAAUGCAGUAACAGGCCCGCCCUCAGUUAUUGUACCAGUAACAGUACCAAUUUCUGUGGCAGUGUCUUCACAUCAGCCCACAGUUCUUUACGAUAGUACUCCAGACUCAAAUACUCACUUAAAUUAAUUAAUAUUUGGAUUUUCUAUGAACAAUAAUACUAAUUACAGGGAUAUAACUAUGUUCACUUUAAAAGUAUUUUUGAUAUGUAUACUUUACUAUAUAAGAAGUUUGUAUGUAGCCUUUUAUAUUGGGCAUAUUAGGUAUGUUUAAUUAGAUUAUGAAAUGUGAUGAAAUGUAUUGUAGGUCAAUUUAUUGAAAAUAUACCUUUAUAUAAAUGUGCUUCACUAGGAACUAAGUUGAAUUUGUAAGAUUUAUACAAAGGUGUACCUGUAUUAUUACUAUAAAUUAUUAUGUUAACCAGAGAAAUCUUUAAUUAAAGGUAAAAAAACCUUGUUAAUUAUUAAAGUACUUUAGUAAU